AUGUCAUCUGAAAACAACACAAAACUGUCAUCCCAGGAAAUUAUAAGCGAAGACGAAGGAGAAGAUUUCACAAGCAACACUUCAGCAUAUUUCGCAAGCAACAAUUCCAAUCAUUCGACUUAUUUAGCAAGUAACGAUUCGACAUUAAACAACUUCUCGAAUGAAGUUAAUGAAAUCGAUGCUAUACCAACAAAUGAACAUGAUUUAGCAAAAGAAAAGAAUAAUAUGGAUAUAGCUGCUGUGACUAAACAUAUAUUAACAAGAAAUAAGAGUUAUCAGUUUCGUGCUUUGUCAAGAAAAACAUUAUCAUAUCAAAAGAGACAAAAAUGCGUAAAUAUUUUUUGGGUAACAAUAUUUCCAUUAUCAAUGGUAGCCAUUGCUUAUUUUGCCGCAAUUGUUAUGAAAAUAAUAAUUCCUGACCCUCCAGAAUACUUGCUAUGUUCAAGUCUAAACGCAUCAAGAUUAGACGGGAGUAAAUAUCAAAUAAGGGAUAGGGAUCCUAAUAUUCCAAGAACAUUAUCUGUUCAAACACCAAAUGCAUUACCAAAUCAAGUAGUAAUAAAUUAUAAUUUGGAUUAUGUUGAAAAUGUGGUAAAUGAAUGCGUUUUUUGGUUCGGCAGAGAUUAUCCUUACAGAGCUCCUUAUGAAAAUGAUCCUCAAGUUUCUAGCGAUUUUUUACGAAAACGUGAUACAACUUCUUCACCGGAGCCACUAUUUGGUUAUUUUGGUCCUUCUGCCCUAAUGAAUAAUUAUAGGUAUCUUUUAGCAAAAGAAACUUUCCCAUGGGCGUACGUACGAGAUGCUCCCAACGUAUUUAGUGGUGAUAGAACAUUAGAUACAACACAAAUCACGAGUCCAUCCCAAUUUUCCCCUAUAAAUAAUUUUAACUAUGGGACUGGAUUUCUUAGUAGGAUUGAUACUCAAUAUUAUUCAAAUUUUUCGCAAUACCCACCGAUAAAUGCUACAAAACAAUAUUUUCCGCUUCCAUAUUUUCAAAAAUGGUAUACAAAUUCAACUGACGAACAGAUGAAUUUGGUAUUGAAAAAUCAACUAUUUGAUGUUAUAGAGCAGAUAAGAUCUUUUAAUCCUGAUUCCAAUAAUUUUACCGCAACAAAAGCCAACUUGAUAAAUCAAAUUCCAUGGGGUUCACUUUUAUUUGAUAACAUUGGUGAUAAAUUUAGAAAACAAUGGAAUUAUACUUUACAAAUUGGUUCUGAUGAAAGGCUUUACAUUAUAGCUUCGUUUCCACGUGCUGGAUUUCGAAGAGUUGCUCAACAAAGUCAAUUGAGUAAUGCGAUUCUGAGAACUGUUCUUGAAACUAAUGGAACGACAACAAGACCUACAAUUACUACCGGAUUUCGUUCAAUGCCACAUCUUUAUAUUGAUCUAUCUGACUUUAGUAAACUUACUUCUACAAUAGUUGGAGUAAUUCUUUAUCCAUUUGUAAUCUCCGGAUACUUCCUUGGAAUGACAUUAUUCACAUUAACUGAUCCUUGGCUACUCGCAAUUUUAUUCUCUAUUUGGGGACACAUUCAAAUUGCCAUGGCAUUUUUAUUUUCCACUUUUUUUCAAAGAAGUAGAAAUGUUUUGGCAACUACUUUCGUAAUAGUGUUAUGUGGUGUAAUAUUUUCAUUCGCAAUUGAACAAGUUAACAGUCCAAUAGAUAAUGCUAAUGCCCCUGUGAUUUAUUUUAUUUGGCCUCCAUUUGCUUUUUAUCGAGCUUUAUCAAUAAUUAAUCAUUCAAGUUAUUUAAAUAAUAUGUUACCAAUGAAAUUAAGUGAUUUAAAUCCUGGAUGCGAAAUGAUACCAACAGAAUACGGAGUAAACAGAACAUGGCACUUCAUCCUUGCCAAAGCAUUUAAUUUUCGAUCUCGUAGUUUCAUUACUCCAUCAGCUUUAGAAGCUGGUAAAUAUGUUAAUGGAGAUGAAGAUGUUAGAAAUGAAAGAACAAAUAUUUUAUCAAAUAAAUAUUGCGAUAAUCCUUUGGUAGUGAAGAAUAUAAGUAAAAUUUAUAAUAAUGGAAAAGUUGCUAUUAAGGAUAUUGCUUUUACUACUGAAUCGUGUACAACUUUUGGUCUUUUGGGACCUAGUGGUGCAGGAAAGACAACUCUUUUAAAUGUUUUAACAGGUUUAUAUAAACCAACAGAAGGUGAUGCAAUAUUAAACGGUUUAAGCAUUUCCACUUCAAUAAGUGAUAUUCAUCGAAACAUUGGUGUUUGUCCACAACGUGAUAUUCUUUGGGAUAACCUCACAGUCGAAGAACAUCUUUUAUUCUAUGCUCGUAUUCGUGGAAUUCCAUCCUCUAAAGAACAUGAAGCAGUUCUUUCAUCAUUAAAACAAGCUCAAUUACUUUCAUUAAAAUCAGAAUUAACUGAAAAUUUAGAUAAUGAUGAAAGACGACGACUUUCUAUUGCUAUUGCAUUAGUAGGAGAACCAGCUCUUGUAUUUUUAGAUGAACCUACUGCAGGAUUAGAUCCGAAAGUUAGAAGAUCAAUUUGGAAAAUUAUUUGUAAUAAAAUACCUUUAAAAAAUGACUCUGAUGAUAAAUUAGAUAGUUAUUGUGUUAAGAACAAUAGUACUAUAAUAUUAGCUACUCAAAGUAUGGAAGAAGCUGAAGUUUUAUGUAAUAAGAUUGGAAUUAUGUCAAGAGGAACUUUAAGAUGUAUGGGUGCACCAUCUAGAUUAAAACAGCUUUAUGGGCGUGGUUUUAGAUUGAAUUUUAGUUGUAAGAAUGAAAAUUUGGAGCAGGCUACUGUGUAUAUAGAAACAUUAUUACCGUUAAGUGCAAAAAAAUUAGACUCAUUUACUACAAGUGCUUCAUAUGAAUUUGAGGCAAGGCCUGGUUUUAUUUCUUUAAUAUUUAAAGAAAUUGAAAGAGAUAAAGCUGAAAAUGGAAUUGAUAAUUGGGGAUUAAGUCAAACAAGUUUAGAGGAAGUGUUUUUACGAGUUAUUGGUGAAACUGAUACUGAAAUUGACUAA